GCACUCCUCCAACUGGUUGAGCAGUCGAGUGAUAAGUGAUUGUGGAGUCUUCGCAGUUCGUAGUUCGCGGCGGCGGCGGCGGUGGAUCAAUGGGAAACGGAGAAUUGGAUACGUCAUAGAAAAUGGCUGGUGGAGGGUAGAUGCGCAAUUUUUGCAAAACUUGUAAAUUGCUGAUAUACCUAUUUAAUUUGUUAUGAUCCAUGGUUGACGGCUGUCGCCUUGUCGGGUUGUCUCAUGACAAAAUUUGUCGUGUACUGUAUGAGAUUGGAUUAAUAAUUAUAGAUUUGGCCUUCGAUUUCAAGGGCUCAAACUAGUUUAAUGUAUUUCGUAGUUUACUUAAAAGUUAAUUCGGUUUACCGUAAUUAUUAACAACUCUAUAAUAUUUCAACAACCUUGAAAUUGUAUAAUCCAAUAAUAAUAAAAUAAAGAUUGUGAAUGCUGAUGUUUGAUAGUAUAAUAAUGAAGCACUACCUGGGUACUACAACUGCUGUAUUCGGUGUUAAUACAAUAAUCAUGUAAAUGAGUAGGAAAAAUUGAAGAACUGUAAUUUUUGACUUUUCGAGUAAAAAAAUAAAACACUAUGGCGUUAGUAGAGGGUUUUGGUGAUGAAGUUAUUCAGUUUUUUGGUAUACUAUUCGUUGUUGUGCUAAUCGUAUUGCUAUGGAUGUCUACACAAGUGGCCGAAAUGCAAAUAUUUCGUGGUGCUGUUUUUAUUUUGGAAAGGCGUACAAGAAGACGACACCAUGAUACUACAAGGGCUGCACCUUUAGUUCCUAAUCAAUCUAUUAGCGAACAAUCAGCAACGGAAACCGUUCCAUUAAAUGAUGUGAUUCAAACAAAUUCAACUUUAAGCAAUGAUAAUCCUGAAAAUAAAAAUGAUAAUCCCGUUGCUACAAAAAGUGAUGUGACUGAACAGUUCAAUGAAUCUAGUCAAAGCAAUGAUACCAAUGAUAUUGAUAAUGAACCUCAGAUAUACGAAGACUCUAUAAGAAUACGACUUAAGUAUUUAAAUGACAAUUGUCGUUUAGUUCAAGGCAGAUUACAAGAAACUAUUGGAGUUUUCAAAAGGAGACAUUUUACUAAUGAGUUAACAUCCCAUAAAAUUAUUCGUUUGAUAUUUCAAGGAAAGGUAUUACAUGAUGAUGAAGCUUCACUGAGUAGUUGUGGUCUUCAUGAUAACUGUGUUGUACACUGCCUUAUACAUCAGCCACGUCCUACAGCUAAUGCUCAGCAAACCCCUGAUCCUGUAAACCAAGAUACUGCUGAGCAACCACUGCCAAACACUAUACGUCAUGGUCAUCGUCAACCUGGUGGUCCAGUUCAACGUGAAUGGAACUUGGCAACAUUGUUAUCUGCUUUAAUCACAAUAAUAAUAUCAUUACUUUGGUAUGCCAGAAUCCAGUUUUACACAUUGUUCUCUUAUACAUCUACGGGUACACUGGCAAUAUUAACUGCAAUUUUUUUAUUCACCGCCUUUCUCACUUAUUUGGUGGACAGCGAAGAGCAACAACAUCAUCUACCUCAAUUAAGACACAAUUAGUGCUAUAUUUCAAUACUUCAAAUCAAAAAAUUAUUAACAUCAAAUUUGUUGAGUAUGAAUCUUAUAUUAUUCAGCUCAAAAAUGUACAUAAAAAAAAAACUUUCAAGAAUUAGAAAUAAAAAUAUUUUCUGGAUUUUAAUUUAAAGCACAUAUUUGCAUUGUAAUAAAUCAAUCAAAAUCAAUAAAUUCAUUUUUAUAUAACUAAAACAAAUCCAAAGAGUUAUGUAUUAAAAUUAAAAUUAUAUUAUAAUGUAUAUAGUAUACAUAUAUUACUAUAUUAGCUUUGUUUGAGAUUUAGUUGGUAUGUUUAGAUUAAUAAUAAUUGUUUUUAUUUUUAACCGUUAUUCAAUUUAUUGAAUACAAUUUGUUAAAUUAAUAUAUCCACAAAAGUCCUAAGAAAUACAUUUAUUUUAUGGUAGAUAUAUUUUAUUUUUUCUGAUAUUAGUUUUAGAAAUAUCUUAAACGUUAGAUCAAUAAUUUGUAUUUAUGUAUUAUGAUAAUAUUGUAGUUAAUGAAGAUAGCUUAUAAAAGUAUUUUUAAGCACUUAAAUGCAUUUUAAAGAGAGAAUUAAAAAAAAUAUUGGUUUAUUCAAUUUUAGACUUAAGGGUAGAUACUUAUUAGAUACUUUAUAAAUAAUAUGUUAAUUUAACCAUUUCCUAAGAAAAGAAAUAAAUGUUUAUUCUUCAAAACAAAA